AUGAAAACGCAAUGCAGUUAUCACCAGUCCAUAGAAAUAAAAGAGGACAGGAAGAAAUUGAGGUUCAGGGUUGACCAUAAAUUUGUCGAACUUCAGAAGAACAUUGUACGAAAAACUGUGCACGAUUUUUUUCGUGAAGGCGUGCUGCCAACCUUGGACAAGUUAAUGGAAAGAAUUAAGGCCAACGACGAAAUACCUCUAAUUGGGCACACUACACUACACACGCUGCUUAAAAAAAAGUAUAUUACGUACGUAAAGCAUAAGAGAAAUAGUUAUUUGCCUGAACGCGAUGAUCUACUCGCUUGGCGCAGGCAAUAUUUAGAGGAUAUUCGCAAAUACCGCGCAGAAGGUAGGAACAUUUAUUUUUUGGACGAAACGUGGGUUAACGCAGGUGACGUUACAGUUAAAGCCUGGCAUGAUGAAACAAUAAAAUCUGGACGAGAUGAUUACAUCAGAGGAUUGACCACGGAACCUGCCAAUCCAAGCGGAAAAGGAAAAAAGUUAAUCGUUCUACACUUAGGUAGUGCGGAAGGCUUUGUGGAAGGCGGUUUCCUUUCUUUUGUAUCGAAGAAGAAUUCAUCUGAAUAUCACGACGAAAUGAAUGGGGACACUUUCAGAGAAUGGUUCGAAGCAUUUUUAGGGAAAUUGCACGACAACUGUGUCAUUGUGAUGGACAAUGCUUCUUACCAUUCUGUGAGGGAAGAAAAAGUCCCCAGCAGUUCAUGGAAGAAAAAUGACAUUCAAAACUGGCUGCAUGUAAAAGGGUACGAGUUCCGAGAUACCAUGAUUAAAGGGCAAUUACUCAGCAUAGUGAAAGAGGUGAGAGCGAAGCAUGACAAAUGUGCCAUUGACACACUCGCGGAAAGUCACGGUAAGAUUGUUUUGCGCUUACCUUCUUACCAUUGUGAACUGAAUCCCAUUGAAAUGGUGUGGUCUAUGGUAAAGGGAUAUGUCACAUCAAACAAUUCGACCUUCAAAAUGAGUGACGUUCUGCAACUUCUUCGACAGGGAAUUGAACGUGUUACAGCAGAGAACUGGAGGAAGUUUUGUUGA